GCUACUGUCACUUAACUAUUGAUGAAGUUACGACAUUUUUCUCCACCAUUACACAUUUCCUCCCCUUUAGCCGCUUCUUCGUGUAUGAGUUAAGAGGUAUAUAAUCGUUAAGCAAGUUUUUAUUAUAGUGGACAAUGGCGCAUAGCAUCAGAUUUAGGAAAAAAUUAAUGCCGAGGAGCUUUGCAGACUUCUGUGCUGUUGUAUUUAUGUGCUUUGCAAUUCCGGCCAUUUACGUAUUUGAGGUUUUCAUUGUUGCUCCAACAAUAUAUAAUGCGACUCUAAGUGUUCUCCAUGGCAUUGCUGGAACUUUUAUUGUUGCCAACAUUAUUGGUAAUUUCAUCGCAAUUAUGCUUGUGGAUACUUCAACACAAGGAUUAUUACUGCCGUCACAAGUUCCAUCUGGUUGGCACGUGUGUGCAGCAUGUGAAAGCACAGCACCAGCUCGGUCACGUCAUUGCAAUACUUGUAAUGUGUGUGUCUUGAAGAAGGAGCACCAUUGUGUCUUCACGGGCUGUUGUGUGGGCCUCAAAAACCAUAGAUACUUUUACAUUUUCUUAUUCUACAUGUGGGGAUCAACUUUAUAUUGUUCAUUCCUAAAUGCCUUCUUCAUUUGGCCGCAUGUUGGAGGCUUCAGCAUGUGGGCAGUAGUGCGUCUGCUCCUGCCUGGAGUAUGGAUCUUAUGGGAACCUUCUUUGGACACCCUUUAUGCCUUCUUGUUCUCGAUAAAUGUUAUUGGCUUCUUAUUCAUGACUGUUCUGAUCUUCUACUAUACGGGACUCCUUGUUACCAACACAACAACUUAUGAGAAUAAUAACCGGAAGGGACAGAAAUAUGAUCAUGGGACAGAACAUAACAUAAAGGUUACACUUGGGGAACGUUGGUAUCUCACAUGGAUCUUCCCAACCAUAUCAUCCCCACUGACGUAUGAUGGUCUGGAUUGGUCCAACCAGAUCUCAAGCAGGAGUGUUAGACCUAAGACUAGAGUCUGUGCUUUGGGAACAGACACAAUAAUAUGAGAACAUCUUUCACACAUAGGUAUGUCAGUUAGUCAUCAUGAUUUAGAUUUUUAACAUGGCUGAUAAAACAUUUAGAUGGUGUUCACAGUGCAACAUAGUAUAUGUAUGAGGACCCAUUUAAUGAUUUUUGGUAGUGUUUUAGAAAAUAUGAAUAAGGCAUUGCAAUGGCUACUUAUAUAUACUGUGGCAUGUUAUUACAUAUUUAUUUAUGUGUAAACAAGGUUUCUAUGACUAUACAAAAUAACAUUACCUCUCUAUAGUAAGAGUUUGAUUAUUAUAAUUUAUUAGAAGAGAAUAUUAUGUUAACAGAUUAAAAUCUAAAAGUA